AUGGCUUUAGCAUUCGCUAUAAUCUAUAUCUUGGUCGUCGGACUCGGCAUCCUCAGCAGCUACCACGAUGGCAUCUUCAAUGAGUUUGUAGAAGAGGUCCACAACAUGGAAACAGAUGACGAGGAUUGGGACUCCGACGAAGAAGAUGAUGAUGAUGGCAAUGACGAUGAAUCGGAUGACGACGGCCAUUCUUCUGGAGCGAUCCAGCUUGAACCAAAGAUUCAGCGGUAA